GAACAGCGAGAAACUGACUUUUAGGUCCUCCCAGCAGGUUAACGUGGGAGUCGGUUUAUAGCCAGAGCGCAGCGGAGAUUAAAUAUUAGUCCAAAUUGCUUGGACAAUUAAAUCAGAGUGGGCUUCAGUCUGUUAUUAGAGCCGUCCUUCCACACGCUGGCAGCUCAGUAUUUUCACAAUUUGAAGAAAUGUCGAAGAAAAUUACCCCUCCCCAAAUUCUGCAAUUAAAACUCAAGUAGUUAAUGAGACCUCUUCACCUUUUGGUUGCCCCGGGUAGACGUUUGUGGCGAACUUAGCCUUUUAAUUGCUGUUAUUAAAUAAAUCAAACCCCUUUUCCUUGAGACCUCGCGCUGUUUUUUUGAUUGACACGCGAAAUUGGCGUGUUUGGGUUUCGCCGGAGCACGCGCGCACACGCGCACGCACGACGCGAGCACUCGCUGAAUCACAAAUGCAGAUCUGAAGAACAUAAUGCACAUAGGAUAAGCGUUAGUUCAAGUGUUGUCUGUUUUUCUCGUCGUCAUGUGCGAAGAUUGCAAAGGGGACGAGGAGCUGCUAGGCAAGUGCGCAGAGGACAGGAGGGACAUAAUGGGCGCAGCGGUGGAGGUUUUGGAUGAAGACGGCUCGUCGCUGCAGGCGAUGGCGUCUGCGCCUCUGUUAGGCAGAACCGUGUGCGCGAGCUGCAACGAGGAAAUUAUGGAUAAAUACUUAUUAAAGGUUAACGACUUGUGCUGGCAUGUGCGCUGUCUCUCGUGCAGCGUGUGCCAGACUUCGCUUGGCAGCCACACCAGUUGCUACAUCAAAGAAAAGGAGGUUUUCUGCAAACUGGAUUAUUUUCGAAGAUACGGCACCUGGUGCGCGUGCUGCGGCCGGAACAUCCACUCCACAGACUGGGUCCGUCGGGCGAAGGGCAACGUCUAUCACCUGGCCUGCUUCGCCUGCUUCUCCUGCAAGAGGCAGCUGUCCACCGGGGAGGAGUUCGCGCUGGUGGAGGACAAGGUGCUCUGCAAGGUCCACUACGACUGCAUGCUGGACAACCUCAAACGGGCCGUGGAAAAAGGGAGCAGUGUUAAUAUGAAGGGGGCUGUACCCACUGAGCAGGAGAUUAACCAGCCGAAACCCUCCAAGAGAGCCCGGACCAGCUUCACAGCCGACCAGCUGCAGGUGAUGCAGGCCCAGUUCGCUCAGGACAACAACCCAGACGCUCAGACGCUGCAGAAGCUGGCGGAGCAGACGGGCCUCAGUCGAAGAGUCAUACAGGUCUGGUUCCAGAACUGCCGAGCUCGUCACAAAAAGCACGUGAGCCCCAACCACACCUCCGGCACCUCCAUGACCUCGCUGCAGCCCAGCCGCCUGCCUCAGCCCACCCCGACCUCAGAGGAGCUGCAGUACACGGCCUACGGGGGCCCGGAGGGGUCCAUGCUGUCUGCACUACACUCCUUCAUAGACAUACACUCCCCUCCAUCAAUGUUUCAACCGCUGCUGCCAACCCACGCCAUGACCUCCCUGCCUGUGUCUCACACCUGAGCGCACACACACACACACACACACACACACACACACACACACACACACACACACACACACACACACACACACACACACACACACACACACACACACACACACAGGCCUCCCCCAGUGAGUGAGCAUCACCAACAGCUACAGUAUUACAGUCUCCAUGGUAAAUAUGAUUUCUGUUCCACUGAACCAUAAAAACUUUUUUUAAUUCAAUUUUCUGCUCAGCAUCUUUAUGGUUUACUAUAAUUUACAGUCCUAAAUGUACUGUAUUAGUGUGGAAAUGGAUAGUUUCAGUGUACCUCAUACUAUUGUGACACAGCAUUACAGAUUUAUAUUUGUUUGUGUAGCUGGAGACACAGUUUGAAAUGGGGCCUGACGGCUUUUACAACAGGCCCCAGUCUCAACUCCUCAUGAAGAUCAAUUUGAAAUUGUUUGCAUAGCCGUGUUUGAAUAUUGCAAUUUAAUUUAUUUAUUGUAUGUGAAGUCUGUUUUGAAAAUAAAUGUCUACUUUCACAA